UUGGAUAAAACAUGCAUGACCAUUGACCAAGAAGAAGACCGUGUCCUUCUGUGCAUUCAGCCAUCCUCCUUGUUCACGCCCACUACAACCCGCCCUCUCCUCCAAACACCGAAAGUUCCGCCAUUACAGCCCAUCUCUUCCACAACACCAUCCUCUGGUACAAACCCACCAAAACCCAGAAUUACAAAAACCAUGUUCCUCCAAAACCUCCAAGUCCCCUCCACCAAAACUUUGAUCUCCGCGGCGGCAUCGGCCGCCGCCACGGCCGUCCUCCUUCGCUCUAUCGCCCGCGACUACCUUCCCCGUGAGCUCCAAAUCUACUUCCAACUCAAGUUUCGCACCCUCUUCACCGCAUUCUCCUCACAACUCACCCUGAUUAUCGACGAGUUCGAAGGCCUCAAUCACAACCAUCUCUUCGAAGCUGCCACGGUCUAUCUUAGACCUACCAUAUCUCCCAACACGAAACGGUUCAGGGUCACUUUGCCCGUGAAGGAGACCAAGAUUUCGGUCUCAAUGGAGAGAAACGAAGAGAUUGUUGACGUGUACGAAGGGGUUCAACUCAAAUGGAAGAUGGUCUGCAAGCAAAUCCCAUCAAAGUGGAUAUCAAACCCGGGUUCUGAACUACACCACUCCACCCUCAAGUCAGACCUCCGCUACUUCGAGCUGAGCUUCAACAAGAAGCAUAGGGACAUGGUUUUCCAAAAAUACUUGCCCUUUGUCUUGGAGAAGUCCAAGGAAGUCAUUGAAGGGAGAAAGACACUAAAGCUUUUCACUUUGAAAUAUGAUCGGGUUCGGAUGGGAGGGAGGAGAGGGGACCCGUGGCAGUCUGUAAAUCUUGAUCACCCCUCGACAUUUGAGACCUUAGCUAUGGAUAUGGAUGUUAAGGCAACGAUAAUGGAGGAUCUUGAGCGGUUUGUGAGGAGGAAGGAGUUUUACCGGAAGGUCGGGAAGGCUUGGAAACGAGGGUAUUUGUUGUUCGGGCCCCCAGGUACUGGCAAAUCAAGCUUGAUUGCAGCCAUGGCGAAUUACCUUAAUUUUGAUAUCUAUGACCUGGAGCUGACCGACGUUAAACGUAAUUCUGAGCUCAGAAAUCUGCUGAUCUCAACGGCUAACCGAUCGAUUCUUGUUGUGGAGGAUAUCGAUUGCACUAUUGAAUUGCAGGAUAGGCUUGCUCGAGCCAGGGCUAUGAAUCCUCGUCCCCAUUUUGAUCCCUUUAAUAAAGUAGAGCAGGUGACUUUGUCAGGAUUUCUGAAUUUCAUAGAUGGACUGUGGUCAAGCUGUGGGGAUGAGCGGAUAAUAGUGUUCACAACCAACCACAAAGAUCGGCUGGACUCAGCUUUGUUGCGCCCCGGCCGGAUGGAUGUACACAUCCACUUGUCCUAUUGCACCCCAGGCGGAUUCAAAACGCUAGCAUCAAACUACCUUGGGAUUACAGAGCACUCACUUUUCUCAGAUGUUGAGAAGCUGAUAGAAACAAGUAAGGUAACUCCCGCAGAGAUAGGUGAGGAGUUGCUGAAAAGUGAGGAACCUGAAGUUGCACUAAAAGACCUAAUCGAGUUCCUUGAAAGAAAGAACGGGGAGAGUAACGAACCAAAAGCUACUAAAAAGGAACAGGGAGCAUCAGGAGAUGAUGGUGUCCAGGAGGCAGAGGGAUCAGGUGAAAGCGAGACCGCAAAAGGGUGAGCAAAGCCCCAGGUAAAUAUAAAGGAAGAGUGAAAUGUUGUGGCUUUGAGGAACGGAGUUGAAGGAAUAAAGCUGAUAUCUAUGUAAAAUAAUAACAAAGAGAGAAUCGAACCUUUGGCUUGUAAUGCACAUUGUAUGGUUGUGUGGUUGUCACGUCUCAUGACAUUUAAAUUUACCAUAAAUAUGCUUAACUUUACCUUGUCCAAA